GGCGAAUGGGACUACAACGGGAGCGGCUGCGCCGCCCGGCCGGGUCGACGUCGUGCGCAUGCGCGGACCUGGCGCCAUUUUGGUGGCCGGGCGCGGAGGUGAUUCCACACCGAGCAGAGCCCGGCGGCUGGGGUGGCAGUGGCAGCGUUCGUGUGCUGGGAUCUGAAUCGUCGAGGGAGAAGGAGGUGGAGGAAGAGGUGGCGGCGGUGGCGGUGGUCGUAGCGGUGGCGGAGGAGGCGGGUACGAAUCAGCUGCGGGCGGAGACAUGGCCAACAUCGCGGUGCAGCGAAUCAAGCGGGAGUUCAAGGAGGUGCUGAAGAGCGAGGAGACGAGCAAAAAUCAAAUUAAAGUAGAUCUUGUAGAUGAGAAUUUUACAGAAUUAAGAGGAGAAAUAGCAGGACCUCCAGACACACCAUAUGAAGGAGGAAGAUAUCAACUAGAGAUAAAAAUACCAGAAACAUAUCCAUUUAACCCCCCUAAGGUCCGGUUUAUCACUAAAAUAUGGCAUCCUAAUAUUAGUUCCGUCACAGGGGCUAUUUGUUUGGAUAUCCUGAAAGAUCAAUGGGCAGCUGCAAUGACUCUCCGCACGGUGUUGUUGUCCUUGCAAGCACUAUUGGCAGCCGCAGAACCAGAUGACCCGCAAGAUGCAGUAGUAGCAAAUCAGUACAAGCAGAAUCCCGAAAUGUUCAAACAGACAGCUCGGCUGUGGGCGCACGUGUAUGCUGGAGCUCCGGUAUCGAGUCCAGAGUACACAAAAAAGAUAGAAAACCUCUGCGCUAUGGGCUUUGAUAGGAAUGCAGUAAUUGUGGCCUUGUCUUCAAAAUCAUGGGACGUAGAGACGGCGACAGAGCUGCUCCUGAGUAACUGAGGCCUCAGAGCUGCUGACCAGGCGAGCUGGCCCCUGCUCAAGGAGCACCAACAUCUGUUAUUUUUAGGAUUCUGCAUAGAUUUCUUUUAAACUGGCAUUCUUGCCUAAUGAUGUUACCUAGGCACCAUUGGAGACUGAAAAAAAAAAUCCCUGCUCUGUAAAUAAAGCUAAUUAAACGUCUGUGUAAAUUUACAAA